UCGAAAUGGAUUUCCUUCGCAGUUUGUUGGAAACGGCAUCAAUAGAAAUUCCGCUGCUGACGGUGUUUUCGUGCAAUUGUUUUCCAAAUCAUCAAGUAGCUCAUAAACGAUAUGAACCUUCCAGAUUCAGAGCAUUCCGCCAGUGUGGAGACUGAGACGCCGGUUCUUAGUAAACUUAGACGCUCGUGUGAAGCAUGCAGGUCGUCCAAGGGGAGAUGUUUACCAAGUAAGGAUGAUCCUACCAGAUGCGUAAAGUAUUUUACCUGAAUUUAGAUCACGGGAUUCGCAAAUUAUUGACAUGUUUGUAGGUGCUUGAAGGGUAGGAAGAAAUGUGUGUUCUUAGAGACGAAACCUCGACCAAAGAAGAUGAGAUCUUCUAGAAUGCAAGUCCAUGUGUAGUCUUUUGGAGAAUACCAUGCUGAUCAAUAAUCAGACGUGUUGCCGAGAUGGAACAGAAACUCAAUGGAAUUCUGAAUCUUUUGGCAACCAAAACUCAAACUGAGUCUCAACCUACUCCUACCUCAGCACCUGUAUCUUCGCCAGAAACCAUGCCUUUGAAUCUGUCAGAUAUAUUCGAGCUUUCUUUUCCACUACUGCCAAUGGAGGGCACGAGUCCCGAAUCAUUUCAGCAAAUUCCGUCGCCUACAUCCCCAACCCUUGAACUUGGCGGCUUGCAAGAUGCAAUCUCAAGGGGUAUAGUCAGCACCAGACAGGCUGAAGAAGCUCUGAGGGAAUUUACCAGUAGAGCUUCAGCCUUCCCGUUUAUACUUCUUCCUCCGCAAAUCUCUUUGGAAACUAUGCGGCAUGGACGACCUGUCCUAUUGCUUGCAAUUCUGACGAGUACUAGCCAAAACAAUCUUCCCGUCCACCAUGUACUUGAGAAGGAGCUUCGUGAAACCAUAAUUAGCGGUAUCAUUAUGCAUGGAGAAAAGAAUAUUGAUUUACUACACGGAAUCCUCUUACAUCUUGCUUGGUAAAGUCUCACAAAUGUUUCCACCUCUGAAUAAAUCGUUUGUUCUGAUUAUCCUAGGCAUCACUACCACUACCAACCAGCUAGAGAAAUUUUAUUCCAGUUUGCGCAAAUGGCAAAUGCUAUGCUGAUUGACCUUGGACUUCACAGACCGAAAUCGAGUGCAGCACAAACCGGCUACUCAAAUAUUCUUGGCUUUGAAUGUCCGACAAACUUGACUCCCAUUGAGAUAGAGGAAAGGAGAACCCUUGUCGGAUGUUUCUGUGUGACAUCAUCGUGAGUAUGUUUGUUCUUGGAGUUCAAACAAAAAUUAAUGCCCCUGUAGAAUUUGCCGCGGUCUGAGGAGACCCAAUAGCCUCAAAUACCAUGACUAUAUUGAAGAAUGUAGCCAAGUAUUGGCAGAGGUCGGCGCUUCCGAAACAGAUAGACUGUUACUGUUGUUCACAAGAAUCCAUCGACUUGGUGAGGAGGUUAGCGACUCUUUUGAUUAUUGCAAUCAUGGAGAGCUGGCUAAGCUUGACCUAGUGCGAAUCGAGAUGCUCAACAGGACGUUGUCUCAGCAAUUCCACGAUAUCCAGCGAUACUUUCCCCCCGAAGCUUGGAGCAAUCGUGAGUAUUGAAUCUACACAUUUUGGAUCUUGAUCAUACUAACUUUGGUAGAUACAUUAAGAAUAUCAUACGCGCAUCUCCGCAUAUAUAUUACGGAAAUCGGCCUCCACGCUUCUGCAUCAGAUUUUGAUCGAUUCGGGACCCCUAUGGCAUUCACCCGGAUGUCUUGGUAUCAUUCUUCCGCGAGAACAGAAAUGUUGAUCCGAUGUCUACAAGCCGGGAAAGAUUAUCUCGAUACAAUUUUAUCUUUAACUGCGCACGAGUACUUCGGUCUCACAGCAACGGACUAUUUAAAUAUAUUCUACGCCCUUUUUCUUCUGGGAAAAUUCGGCGAAGGUUGCGAUUCACCCUUCCUUGACGGUGAACAAGUCCGUCAAGCCACGAACCUUGGCUAUUACUUCGAUUCGCUUGACGAAAAAUUCGCCUCAUUCCUCCUAUACGCGAAUGGCCAGCUUCAACGAAGCAGCAUCUUGAACAUAAAACUCCUAUGCCAAGAGAUCAAGAAGUGGUACAUGCGAGUUAUAUCUGGACCACCGGGCUCCGACGAAGCCAUGCUCAAUGGCCUGCACGUCUCAUUUACGGAUGUCGUGCUUUCAAUUCAACAUCUUUGCAGUACACUUAUUAGUUCGUCUACGUAUUUGAAAGCGUAUGUGAGACAGGGAGAUUGUCCAUCCGCUCAUACGGUAGGUGAUUGGAUGGCCUACAUGGCUGCCGAGAAGAAUGUUACGACGGGGGCAUGAUUAAUUUAUUGACCAUUGCAUGUACGGGAAGUGAUGUGGAAAUUUUAUUAUUCCUUUGAUGCAAUUUUUUUGCGAGGGGGAAAUGGAUGGGGGAAAGAGAGAACAUGGACCUUACGAAAGUACUCACCUUACCUUUAUAGAAAUUUGUUUUGUUUUGGUGUUUGGUUAGAAUCAUGGCUGGCGUUGGAGUACUUUAUGAGUAUAUGACGAACAAAGGAACGAAGGACUGAAGGAACGUACGGAGUGAAGUAUAUAUUGACUCUAAUUGACAAAUUGUUAGGAUUUUACUCUCUCCAUAGAUAUAAAGAGAGAGGAGAUUGUAGAUAAAUAGAUAAAUAAAGUAUACU